AAUAUUGCAUGCUUGUCAAUAGUGCAUGCUUGUUAGAGAUUGCAUGCUUGUCAGAUAUUGCAUGCUUGUUAGAUAAUGCAUGCUUGUUAGAGAUUGCAUGCUUGUUAGAUAUUGCAUGAAUAAGAGUAUUGUCACAAACUAAUGGUUCGCACCAAGCAUACAUACAAGCACACAAGCAAUUGAUUAUACAGUCUUCUUUCUUCUUUCUAUCGUGUCUUCUAAAGUAUUUUACUUACCUUUUGCGCCAUGGUACGUCUACGACGUUCCCAUGGUCUUCACGUACGACAUACGGUUUUCUAGCCCUUUUUCCUGGAGCUUGUCUCCUCGUGUCGUUUCUGUUUCAUUGGUUUUACGUUGUCUAAUGAUAAGCAACAGUUUGUUUGAGUCUAAGAGAACCCAAGAUGCGCUCGCGUUGAGCCAAAGCAGCCUUACAAGAUAACCUUUUGUAAAUUGGUCCUUCGAGCCGGAUAGCCGGAUUCGAACCAGAGAAGACUAGAGAUGGCAGAUAGUAUUGGUCCGCAGCAGAAGAUCGCCAAGGCUAAGGCGAAGACGGAAUAUACUAAUGUCCGCCGUGGGUUGCUGGUGUCCAUCGUAUCGGAAACCGUGAGUGUCGAGGAGAUUAAAUAUGGGCUACUAAUGCUCGAGAACAGGAUGAACUCCGUGAUGGAGGUUGUUUCAGAGCUGGCAGAUAUAUUUUGCAAGAAUCCUACUUAUUUAGAGAGUUUGGCAAAGGAGACUGCAGAAUUAGAGGUGUCGUACACUGAGGCAGUGACGCAGGCCAGCACUACUUUAGCAAAUAUCAGCAUGAGUAGAUACAACAGUGCACACACAAGCGAAAUCACGGGGUUGCGAUACACCCGUCACCCAGAGAGAGUUCAGGCAUAUUUGGAAUCCAUUUCAGCUACAGACAAAAUACGAACUGCACAGGAGCAGCUCCAGUGGAGUAGCAGUAGCAUGCAAGAAUUAGAUACAUCCAGCACGAGUCGUAGUGUACAGGCCAGCGGCCAGAGUGAACUCAGUACUAGUGGUAGUACCGUACACAUUCCCGCAUCGGAUGCUAACACCGCAGCUACGGAGCUUGUGUUUGUAGGCCAGGAUAGUGCAUGCACGAAUGAUGUAGUCAUGUCCAUGCCUGAUGUAUCUGGUAUCCCGUCAGCAGCUACAGGGGCCACAGGGCCAGCAGCGCGCGACCUCGACCGGAACAACGUCCCAGCAGAGCAGCGCAAGCAGCAACAACCAGGUGCCGGUGUUGGCGUGAGUACAGAUUUGCGUCUGGCUGUGAGCAGUAGUGACACCGGUACCAACCCUCGACAGUCGUCAGUCUCGUCACCGUACGACGUCGGACGUCAACAGAUCACGCAGAACACGACGAGCACGAGUACACCAGUCUCGAGUGCUGGUUACACCAACACAACACGAACAAACGACAAUCGCACAUUCACGAUCACAGCUGCAACACCAACGCUGCAAUACGGAACAACAACUACACCAACACAACAACACAGCCUCGGUUCAGCUCGUACACUAACUGCGAGUGGUACGUCGUCGAGAGUGAACACGACGAAAUUUGCUCAGGGUUUCGGCACCGCGACUGACCCAGCGUCCGCUUAUGGUGGUCCAGCAGCAUCAGCAUCAGCCUCUUUUGGAGCACAUUCCCACCUGGCCCCGGCCUCUGCGAGUACGAUCCCCUACGGUAGCCGCUUGCCGCUCGACGUACUCGGAGUGCCACAAUUACAAGCGGCCCAGACGGGCCAGAGUCAAACCCCGCAAUGGACGCAGUCAGAUACGGCAGCUAGCCAGUGGCCGCCGCCGUGUAGUACAACGCCUAAUUUAGCUGGUUCGACACAGUGGUCACCAGUUCCACCUGCAGCAGUGUCGUCCAACAACGCCGCUUUUGGGGUACAGAGACUACAGACGCAGUACAAUGUCAGUGGUUUGUACCCAUCACCAGCUCUACAUCCACCAGUGAACGCCGUUUUUGGUGGAUCGCCUGCACAGAAUGGAAGUGCACUGUACCCAGGCCAACAAUCAGCAUCCAAUUAUGGCCCUUAUGGCGGAACCCCAAAUGGGUAUGGAUUGACUGGACCAGUACCAGGAUUCACACCUGGUCCUUCGCAUGCACCGCAAGGCAAUCCACCAUCAGACGUUUACCGUCAUUUAAGAAAGAUCAAGAUACCAACCUUUGACGGCGACAAAAAGCUAUACGACACAUGGCGUACGUCUUUCAACGUCUGCGUCGAUCAACAGCCUCUGUCACCGGAGCUGAAGCUGUUGCAGCUCAGGCAAUAUCUGUCCGGUCCACCGUUGAAGACUGUUGAGACGUAUGGUUACUCGGCAGCGGCCUACGCAGCAGCACUCCAGCGACUUGACCAAAAGUACGGAGGUGAGAAGCGCAAAACAGCCGUCCACAUGUCCGCGCUCCAGGACAUGCCAGCAAUCCGUGAGCGUGGCACAGCCAAACAGCUCGAGCGUUUCGCAGAUCUUGUGCAAGUCGCCAAGAUUAACUUGAUUGAUGCUGGCCGUCAGAAUGAGCUGUCGUACGGUACGUUCUGCACUCAGCUGCAGCAGAAGCUGAGCCAAGAUCUGUUAACGGCGUACCACCGGUGGCGUUGCGAUAACAAUAUUGUCGAGUCGGUCGACUCGCUAUUGCAGUGGUUAGUACGGGAAGCAGAUUUCCGCACGGAAGCGGAGGAGACCCUGCAGAGUGUCUCGCAUAGCGUUGCAGCCACACGUCUGAUGAGCAAGCCUGCCAAAUCAGACAUUUCCACAGCAGCAGCUCUUACCGUCACCUCAUCGAGCGUAGAAUGUGUGUUUUGCGGCAGCGGACACGAGUCCUCGCAAUGUUCGUCCAUCACAGACAUCAAGCGCCGCAAGGAGCUGAUACGCAAGAAUGGUCGUUGCUUCAUCUGUCUGAAGAAGAACCACAUGGCUCGCGACUGCAAGUCCAAGCUGAGAUGUAGCAAAUGCGAGCAUCGACAUCAUACGUCCAUUUGCGAACCCAAGUCGUCAGAGCAGCCUGGGACUGGCGCGAAGACAUCAUCUCCGCCAUCUAGACAAGGCGGAAGUGGAAAAUGGUCGAAGCCAGUGUUUUCGUCAACAACCGCAGCUACUGUCAGCGACAGCGGAGCUGUAUUUCUACAAACUGCACAGACCUCGGUGGUCUCGCCUCAACGUCCAGAUCGAAAAGUGCCUGUGCGAGUAAUGCUAGACGGUGGGAGCCAACGCUCGUACGCUACAUCAUCGGUACUGACUCAGUUGGAUGUGCGCCGCUCCGGUCAAGAACGUGUAGUGAUAAACGCGUUUGGCGGCGAACAGCCAAGCCCAAGCACACUCCGGGACGUGGUCGAACUGGACAUUCAGUGCGUCGAUGGCAACCGGAUUCGUGUCAACUGCAUCGUCGUGCCAUCAGUCUGUGCACCCGUGCAAAAUCAGCACACCGCAGAUGUAGUCACAGCUUACGAGUCUCUACAGAAUCUCAGUCUCGCCGACAACUGUGGCGGCUCAGCUAGCAUCGACAUUCUACUCGGCGCUGACGUUUAUUGGCAGAUCGUCACGGGCGACAUCGUUCGUGUAGAUGAUGGGCCAACUGCUCUCGAUACUCGCCUCGGGUGGGUUCUGUCCGGACCAACAGGCAGGUGUAAUUCAGGCAUCAUCUCUACUAACGUCGCAACCGUUCACGCUUGCGAUGUCGAACCAUCUACAUUGUGUUCACGACGGAGGUGGGCACUUCAGUACAGCUAGUCGCGGCAAAGACUCGUGUUGCGCCGCUGAAGCAACAGACCAUUCCCCGCCUCGAGUUGCUUUCAGCACUGGUAUUGGCUCGCCUGAUGGCAUC